AUGCAGGGUAGGCAGGGGCAGAAGGCAGAAGGCAGAAGGCAGAAGGCAGAAGGCAGAAGGCAGAAGGCAGAAGGCAGAAGGCAGAAGGCAGAAGGCAGAAGGCAGAAGGCAGAAGGCAGAAGGCAGAAGGCAGAAGGCAGAAGGCAGAAGGCAGAAGGCAGAAGGCAGAAGGCAGAAGGCAGAAGGCAGAAGGCAGAAGGCAGAAGGCAGAAGGCAGAAGGCAGAAGGCAGAAGGCAGAAGGCAGAAGGCAGAAGGCAGAAGGCAGAAGGCAGCCAGGCAGUCCAAGCUUUUAA